AACAAGGUAAAACCCACUAAACCCGUCUGUCUCAACUUCCAGGAGUCAACUCUUCCUCCUCCUCUGCCAGAGCCAGUACCCGCUCCGACAUGAACGGCCUCUGCAGCGACCCCGUGGAGGAGUUCAACUGCAACAAAGCCUUCAGCGACCUCAUCGUGGAGAACAAGAAGACCGCCGCAAUCUUCAUGCACGAGAAGUCCCGCAAAGAGGCUGAGGACAAGAUCCGCUUACCAACACUGGAGGCCGCCUACACCAGCAUCCUGCGGGACCUCGGGGAGGACACGGACCGGCAGGGGCUGUUGCGCACGCCGCUACGCGCAGCCAGAGCCAUGCAGUUCCUCACCAAGGGCUACCAUGAGACCAUCGACGAUAUCUUAAACAACGCCAUUUUUGAUGAAGACCAUGACGAGAUGGUGAUUGUGAAGGACAUCGACAUGUUUUCACUGUGUGAGCAUCACUUGGUGCCAUUUUUUGGCAAGGUUCACAUUGGGUAUAUUCCCAACAAAAAAGUGGUGGGACUGAGCAAGCUUGCAAGGAUUGUGGAGAUCUUCAGUAGGCGGCUACAAGUUCAAGAGCGUCUGACCAAGCAGAUCGCUGUAGGAAUAUCAGAGGCCCUGCAGCCAAAGGGCGUAGCUGUUGUUAUCGAGGCAGCGCACAUGUGCAUGGUCAUGCGUGGAGUCCAGAAGAUGAACAGCCGCACAGUGACGAGCACCAUGUUGGGAAUUUACCUCGAGGACCCCAAAACCAGAGAGGAAUUCCUGACUCUUUCACAGACCACCUAACUGAUGUCAUACACCAUUCACUCCCGAGCCUCUGUUUACUGUAGCACACAGAAAGCUCUAGAGUAACAGUGGAUCCGCAUCUGACUCUAAUUUAAGAAAACACACAAACCAAUAACAGGUCAAUAUAAAACUUCUGUUUGAUGCAGGGUCCAAACCAACUCUGAAGCUCACCUCAAUACACUCACGCCUGAUAGAUUUCAGUCCUGAUGCAAAACUCCAUCAUUUCAAUUCACUGUGAAUAUAACAGGAAUUAUUACUCACAUUCAUGGUGCCUUUGGUAGUCUUACAAAGCAAUAUUGUUGUAUUAAAGUGUAAAACUAAGUGCAAUAUUGCUACUUGACAAUACUUUUGAUGGGAAUUUAACAGGUGCUUUACCUUGCUUUAUUUUUCUGCAUAUAUAAUCCAAUGAUUUUAAUAAUUUUACUAGCUAUGUGUCCUUACAGUCACAAUAGUUUUGUAUAUGAUAACAUUUUUAAGAUUGAAAUUGAAAUUGUUAUACCUGUACGUAGAAAGAAAAUUCUUAAUAGAUUUAUGUUUUUAUCAAUGAACAGUGUUGCAUGUGUUUGAAAAAUGAUUUGCCGAAAUAAAAAUAUGCAAACAUUAUAAAA